AUGCUCGCUACAACUGUACUUUACAGUCUCCUGUUCCCCUCUCUGGGCUUGACAAUGCCGGCGGCAGACACUGAUAUUGGACGCCGAGAUGUUUCUGCUGGCCUUUUAGCCAAUCUGACACUAUUUUCUGAAUAUUCUGCUGCCGCUACUUGUGCAGCAAACUUUGCCUCACAAGGGUCAAAGGUUGUGUGCGAUCCAGGUGUAUGCCCAGUCCUGGAGCAGACAGACACAACUGUCAUCAAAGGAUUCGUGAAUCAAUAUCCGGGUAAUACUACUGGCUACAUAGCAGUUGACAGGACCAAUAACUUGAUCGUUCUGUCAUUCCGAGGUAGCCGGACUAUAGGGAACGCGAUCACUGACCUUGAAUACGGCCAGGUGCCUAUCUAUGGCAUUUGUCCAAACUGCGAAGUGCAUCAUGGUUAUUACUAUGCCUGGGGAAACUUCUCCCGAUAUAUAAUGCCAUAUGUUGACCAGCUUUCUGCUCAAUAUCCAGACUUUAGUGUCAUCUUCACUGGUCACAGUCUGGGAGGUGCACUAGCUACCUUUGGAGCAGUACUUGAGGGAAGUGCCAACAGACCCAUUGGUCUGUACACUUUUGGAUGUCCUCAACUAGGAAAUUAUAGUUUCGCCGACUUUGUCACCGGGAAUACAGCAGGCUCUGGAUACAGAGUUACACAUUCCGAUGAUCCAGUUCCAAGGGCCCUGUCUACUACUAAGGAGGUCAAUCAGACUUGGCAGUAUAGCACAACAUCUCCAGAAUACUGGAUUACUUCAGGAAAUGGCGUGCCAGUCACAGUCACUGAUAUCCAAGUAAUUGAGGGCAUUGACAACAAGAGUGGGAACCUUGGUACAACCGGAUUGGAUCUUGCGGCUCAUAAUUGGUAUAUUGGCAACAUGAGCGGGUGCUCAACUAACUGA